AUGACAAAAUCACUCCAAGACAUAAAAAAGGUCAUUAUCAUUGGAGGGGGACCAGCUGCGCUACUUGCCGCGCUUCGCCUUCGGCGCAAGAAUGGAGUGACUCCUACCGUGUACGAGAUCCGUCAGAAUCCAACUACUCUUGGCGGCGCUAUAGGGAUCCCAGCGAACGGGCUCCGGCUGCUCCACCAACUCGGCCUCUACGAUGAAGCAGUAGACAAAGGUUCACUGACCUCGAGGCUGGUCCUACAUUCUCUCAAUGGCUGCACCAUGGGUGAGAUAGACAUGUCAUCCUGGAGCAAGGAACAGACGGGGUUUGGAUAUUUGAGAAUCCGCAGAACAGACAUCAUGGACAUUCUUCUCAAGGCAGUUGAGCGCGAGAGCAUCUCUUUCCAGUACGGCAGAACCCUUACUCAUAUCGAGGAAAAGAACGACCAGGUAAUCGCCACUUUUGCGGACGGCAAGACUGAUAUAGCAGACUUUCUACUUGGAUGCGAUGGCAUUCACUCUGCUGUCCGCAAGCUAUAUGUCGACCCGGACCAGAAACCUGAAUAUACUGGGAUAUCUAACAUGUUUUCUAUGGUCCAACUGCACGAGGUUUAUACACCUUCUGGUCCUCUCAAGGAUCUCAACGCGACUUUGACCUCUGACGGAUUAUUUGCUGUCACCCCAGCUACACCGACAGGCGACAUUCUCUACUGGUUCUUCUCGCGAGAGAUACCUCUUCCACAAUCCGAUGAUGGCCGUGACGGAUGGGAAGCCCGCGGUAAGGCCGAGACAGGGGCCUUUAAGUCAAACCUGCUCCACCUCUUGGGGGAUCAGCCAUCUGAAUGGAUGGACUUCCUGCAUGACCUCGUCGAAAAGACAAAGAUUGUCAAGUUCUAUCCUAUCUAUAAGCUGCCAACUGGAAGACCAUGGUUCAGGGGCCGUUGCCUGAUUAUCGGAGAUGCCGCGCAUGCUAUGCCGCCUCACGCUAGCCAAGGUGUGUCGAUGGCCUUGGAGGACGUCUUCCUGUUCUCGAAGAUGCUAGAGACCUGCAGCCUACCUCCCGAAGAUGCUCUUGCUGCUUAUGUGGCCAAGCGGAAAGCAAGGACUGAGACAAUGCUCAAAAGAGCCGAGGCAAACGGCUCGGUGCGCAAACAAACAUCGCCGUGGCGCGUGCGUGCCAAUGAGCUGGCCAUUUCAGGGGGGUUAUGGCUUUACAAGCUUGUUGGCCUGGAGCGCAUGGGGCUCGGUCAAAAGGACUGGACGUACGAUAUCGAGACAGAAGUGUUCUGA